CGACCACGUGAGUUCCACGGCGGCUCGUUCGAAUUGUUUGCGUCGCCCACUUUGAGAAAGUGAACCAAGAAAUGUACUCUGGUGUCUUGCUUCUUUAUUGGUAGUAGAUCCAAGGCGAGCUCGAGGCUGCUAUUUAUUUGCAAUAGGUCAUUUCUGAUUGAUAUAAAGAAUAACAAUGGAACAGGAUGGACCGACCAAUUUCAAAGCUCUGAGGGCCAAGUUCCAGGAGGAGGCUGCCCUGGCUCAGGCCAGGAACAGCCGACCCACGAUCGCCGAGAAGCCGCGAAACGUCCACCCGCCCAGCGGCCAAUGCUCCUCCGUCCCCCCGCCCGGCGGCCACUGCCGCUCCGUCCUGACCGAGCUCCAUAGCGCGGCAGAAAACGGAACGCAGGCGGUUCCCAGGGUAAUCUUCAGAAGCGAAUUGAGGGCUUCAGGCAUGCGUCCCAUUUCUUUCCCUCCCCAAACGUCCCUUCGGACACGAACCAGGAAUGGGGACGAUAACAUGCCACCACCAACAGCAGCGAGGCAUUCUGUCCUGGAGGGGCACUUGCCCUUGGUCCUUCCCCCACCCCCACCCCCUAUGAAGGAACAUCAGCUACACCCAGUGGCAUCCACUAAGGAACCUAAGCAGCUGAUGGAACCACCACUUGAGACCCUGCCCUCCACCAGGACGAAGAGAAAAGGCUUGCUUCUCCCCUUCAAAGCUUCUAAAUCAUCAAAGGGCCCCACAGCAGGUGAAGAGUGUGCCCAAGCUGCCUCACUGACCAACAGCAGACCUGCUAGCGUCCCCGGUGAGCUGCCCUCCCUCCAGGGACAGGAUGAGGCCCCGUGUCCCAGAGGGGCAGACGGUCAGCUACCCAGCCCGGACGUAACUCCCCCCUCCCGGGACACCAGCGGCGACUCGGACAGCCGCAUCAUGAGCACCUUAGAGAGGGCCAAGAGGAAGUUCUCUCGCAAACACAUGCUGCUGUCCUGCAAGGCCAGUAGUCUGCUCUCCACUGACGAGGUCACCCCCGCCACCACCACUGCCCGCGCCACCUUGGGUAAGACGGCGUCUAUGUUGUCGAAGGCCGUAGCGACCAGCGAGGCAAAUUUCCCAGUUCCAUCCCCGGUGUGUCUGCCAGACUUGGCGUGCGUCUCUGCCCGACCUUUCUUCAAAGUGGGCACCACCUCGCACAGUGAGGACGGAUAUGGAUUACCUCGUGGGAGAGCGGACGGACCGCCCCAGCCGCCUGCUCCCCCCAGGAGGUCUCUCCUGGACGCGGCCGUGCUGGGGCCGGUGCCUGCUAAGCCUCCCAGGCCGCCAUGCGUAGACCUGGGCUUCUACUUCCCAGCCCGGGAUCUGAGCCCGCCCCCUGUCGAAGACCUCGUACACGACCAAUCGACAGCCAACGCCACCCUGCUGGAUGCGCCGGACUUCCCCGACUUUGACCACUCGGUCAGCGGAGCGACAGACGCCCACCACCCCAUCGACAUCGCCUCCCUAGAGGUGGAGGCCCUCGAAUUCGUCGACUUUGACCUCCCGCCCCCGGUAGACCCUGAGCUGUAUUUCGAAGCCCUGCUGGAGUGUGAGCCUGCAGACCCUUUGACCUUUGACCUCCAGGCUCUCAACCUGGAUAGCCAGGAGGACUCUGUGGCGCAGGAGCCAUCCAGCCUCCCUGAAGCCCCAGACCUCUGCACUCUCCUGGGGCCUGUGGCCCCAGAGAGCUGGUGCGGUCAGGGCCGUAUGGGGACCCCUGAACCGCCUCCAGUGCCGGAGCACGGCUCCUCUGCUGCGGGGGAGGCACAUCCCGGGGCUUCUGAGGCGGGCUCCUCCCCAGAGGAGGCAGUCCGAGCCCGACAUGCAGCUCUGGCUAACUGGAUCGAAUCACAGCCCAGCUCCCCCCAGCUGGACGGUUAUCAUGGCACCUGUGAAAACCUGUAUGAAGACGUGGAGACCAUCAACGGAUACCUCAGCGGCCAGAACUCAAGGACACUAAAGGAACAUAAAGGCGGACCCAAGAAUCCAUAUGCUGACAGCAAUCAAGUGAAAGAGGAAUCCCGCCUUAACAUAUGGCCUCGCAAUCCAUGGGGCAGCCGUUCAGGAGAGCACAGCCAUUCAGUCCAUCCUCAUUUCCACAGAGAUCGCCAGAGCCCCGACCACAACGAGCACAAGGAGCAGAAGAAGAGGGAGAGGCAGCGGCAGGAGAAGGAGAAGAAGGAGCAGAAGGAGAAGGAGAAGAGGGAGACCGAAAUGAAAAAGAAGUUCAAGGUGACGGGUGUGGAGGAGCCUCUGUACCACGCCAAAGUGAUGGUGGCCAGCAAGGUCCAUAAAAAGAACGACCUGACGGUCACCAGUGGAGACAUGGUCAGCAUCAUCCGCACCAACAGCUGUCCCAAAGGACGCUGGCUCGCCCGCGACGCCAACCUAAAGUAUGGCUACAUCUCUGUGAUGAACGUGGAGCUGAACAUCCAGGAGAUGCUGGAGCUGGGCAAGACGGCCCAGGCGGCCCGGAGAGAAGGCAACAUGGAGGCGGACACCAUCAGCAUCGGGAGCAGGUCUUCUAAUUACCCGCUUCUCACCAGCAGCUUCACAGAUGAUAGCGAGGAAUGGGCGUGUGAAGAUGAGACACUUUCCCACUCCAAUGAGAGCCAUAGCUUCCAUCAGCAGACCACUCUGCCAGAGAUGAUGUGCAGCCACCCUAGUGCCCUACACACACUCAGCGAUGCCAACCUUGAAGACCUGCACACACAGACCCGACACGAAGCUCUCCAGAAACUGGCCACCUUCUUCCAGCAAAACAAGGAAGACUAUGGAAUCGUCAAAGAGAAUGGUGGAGACACUCCUACCAAUGUGGAUCAACCAAGCUUCCUGUCUGCGGUUGAGGAGCCCCCCUAUCUUGAACAGGAAAUGGAUUUCACCCACCUGGAGUUGCUACCCCCACCCCCCCUGUAUGCAGACAAUUUUUGACCCCAACCACCCCCUCCACCACCGCUUCAACUGUCAAUCCCCACAGAAGGGCAUGAAGCUCACCUCCCUCAAUGUGUUUGUGCUGAUAGGUUUUCACCCUCACCUAUAAUGGAAGUUUACACCAUUUUUAUUUUUUUCUGGUUAUUAUAUUCUAUGUAUGGUAAUCAUGUUUUUGUUUCUGUUGAAUGGUUUGAAAAUGCACUUAAAUGAAUUGUUUUGCCUCUGCUGAAGAGUAAUGUGUGCAAUAAAAAAGGCACUCAAUUAUUCACUCCUAGUUGCUUUGAAUUGAUUGACACGGUUAUUGUUGAUAUCGGGUGUUUGUAUGGUUUUUUUUAUGUACUACUUGAGUUUACAGAAUUUAUUUUAUUCUGUUUCAUGUAUAAUAAAUGUU